UACUUAGAAAGGGUUGGUGUGUUCUCGUGAUAUCAUAUUACAGACAACAAGGGAGGGAUGUGUCAGGCAAGUACAGUAAGUCUUUUACAGUUCUAAACUUGUGGGCUACCUGUUGAUUUGGACGCCAAGAUGGCGUCCAUGGAUGCGAAGUGUGAGUUUUGCUAUGCAACUAAUGUCAAACUACAGAAGUGUUCUAGAUGCAAAAGUACAAUGUACUGCAGCAAGGAUUGUCAAAGAUCACACUGGAAACACCACAAGGCAAUAUGCAAAGCGAAAAAGCAUUCAAAAGAUUCUAAGUUGGAUGUUUCUACCACAACAGCGCCACUACGUUUCUCCCAACCCAUGAGCAAAAACAGUGAAACACUUGCAAACUUUGUAGUCGAGGAACUAACCAAAAGCAAUUUUUGUGUCAUUGAUGGACUUCUAACUAAAAAUACAGCAAAAGAAAUCCUUACAGAAGUCAAACUUUCAUACGAAUCGGGGAUUUUUCAGGACGGGCAGUUAAGUGGAGGAUUAACGGCCUCGGAGAAAAGCGAAAAAUACACUGAAAAGAAAAUACGCAGUGACAAAUUGACGUGGAUAGAGGGUAAUGAGGAAGGUGCUUCCCAUAUUGGGGAUCUUUUGUUGAAGUAUGACUCGCUUGUGAGUAGCUGCAGUCGUAGAAUUGGGUAUGACAUUCAAGGCCGUACAAAAGCCAUGGUGGCAUGUUAUCCAGGGGGCGGUACAGGGUAUAAACGACACGUGGAUAACCCAGAUGGAGAUGGCCGUUGUCUCACUGUCAUAUUUUAUUUGAAUGAGAAUUGGUGUACCAAAGAUGGUGGUGUCCUAAGGAUUUACCAAGACGAUGACAACUCACACAUUGAUGUUGAACCUUUGUUUAAUAGGGUGUUGUUGUUCUGGUCAGAUAGGCGUAAUCCACACGAGGUUCUGCCCUCAUAUGCCCCCAGAUUUGCUGUCACUGUGUGGUACUUUGAUCAAGAGGAGAGGAGAAUGGCUAAAGAAAAGCAUAAGGGUGUGGGUGAAUUUGGUGUUGCUGUGGCGAUGAGGGACGUGGAACUAAAGAGACUUGAAAGGGAUAUUGCACAAGUGAAACUUGAUAGUGAGGCAGAACAGACUGUUAAGAAGUUGCUAUCUGAUGACGAAUUAGACGCAAUGGCAGUACUUAUCAAACAGGCCAGAGAUCCAUUAGAAUUCUUCACCAAGUAUGGAAUUUCCGCAGACAUUCAGGGAGCACUUCUCAGGGUCCUAGCAAAGAGAAAUACCACUAGCUAAAAUAAAACAGUUUGAUAAUUUGUAUAUGGAAAUAAAAAAUGACAGGGAAUAAACCCUUAACACCAUGAAAAGUUGAAAAAAUAAAUGUUAAAUCUUGUUGAGAUUUCGAAAGCAACAA